AUGCCAGACAACAACGUCGGCAUAAAAUGGGCUCCUGAUCUGCAGCGAGCCUCUCACGGUGUAAACACUGUUGGACACGUCAGGGACACUGAGAGGGAUAGUGGGACCGGUCUCAACGACGAACUGGCGGAAGACUUAUCUCAAAGUCUCGGCACAGAAUCCGACACUCAACGAAAUACUCCUACCGCUCUUUCUGCUCAACGUCCGUCCGAACCAGUGGAUGAGGAUGUGUUCCAUGAGCUAAACUGGAAUUCUAAGUAUGGGAUCGCCGCGUCGCCUGGGUUUGCCCCGCUCAAGUCCCAGCAAUCCCUUCCGUCGUCGACCCAGAAUUCUUCAAGUUCAUUGAAGGCUCUCGCCGAGCGCGACGCCGAGACGUCGCCUAGUUCAGCGGCUUCACUCGUCCACCGCGCCCUGUCGACCAAAUCCUCAUACGGCCAAAUUCGUGGCCGUCGUCCAUCUCAUUCUAAAUCAUUCUCUACUUCCUUUUCAAACUCGAAUCGUCUUUCCAACAACGAACACCCAACCUAUCCUAUCCAGUCAUUUGAAGCACUUCAAGCUCAGUUCCAUGCCCCACGGCCAGCGCGGCCUCUCCGCACGAGAAGCUCGCAUCCGGCUCAAAAUCUCCUGUACAACGAAAUGUCCACGUGGACCAGACAAGGCCGCGAACGACAUUCACCAAACACUCAAACCGCAAUGACUGCAGACAAUACUCCAAUGUCGAGUCCAGGCCUUCUCCAUUCAGGCGACCGCGUACCCUCAGCCUCGUCACUCAGCGACGCCGACCGUCAACCACACCAUCUUCAACCUCCUAAGGAAACCCACACUGUCGAAAUCGAUCAUGAUCACUUCUCCGGUAACAAGUUUGUCAACAACUACGAGAUCAUCGAGGAGAUAGGACGUGGAGAACAUGGAAAAGUCAAACUCGGCAGAGACGUCGAGAGAGGUACCGUUGUUGCCGUGAAAAUCGUCCCAAGAUACUCUGGCAAGCGGCGACUUGGCCGUCUAGGAGCUCCAGAAGAUCGGACCAAGCGCGAGGUAGCCAUUCUGAAAAAGGCAAGGCAUCCAAAUGUCGUGAGUCUCUUGGAGGUCAUUGAUGACCCCAACAAAAACAAGGUCUACCUCAUUCUCGAAUACGUCGAAAAGGGUGAAAUCAAGUGGAGGAAACCAGGGGUGCGCGAGAUCCUGGCAGUAAAUAAUACCAGAUUCGAGCAAGAGAGAGCAGGGGUCGACCUUCCUCUUGAACCAACAGAAAGGGACCUUUUCAGUGUCGGUCAAGCCAGACGACGCCAUGAGCUUCAAGACAGAGCGCGUGCCCUAAACACGAACCCAACCCCCAACUGGAGCCUCGAGCAUGGAGGUGAGGAUGAAGAAGAGGAUGAAGAAAUAGCCGAGAUUUCUCGUUCUGCGUCCCGACAGUUCUACGAGUCCAGCCAUCCCAGCAGAACCAGUUCUCAUGAUGAGUACGUGGAAGGGGCACUAGCGGGUAGCAUGUAUGGCGCUUAUGCUCCAGACGCCUAUCGCGGUCGGACUUUCAGCAUCGCCGCCAGCGUUGGCGCGCUCUCUCACAUGUCAUCUGAGUGGAAUUUCGACGAGACCGACGACGAGCACGCUUAUGUUCCUGCUUUGACGCUGGAGGAAGCUCGUCGAGCCUUUCGAGACACGCUUUCCGGCCUUCAAUUUCUGCACUUCAUUGGCAUCAUCCACCGUGAUAUCAAACCAGCAAAUCUUUUGGUCACAGGCAAUGGGACUGUCAAAAUAUCUGACUUCGGCGUCUCGUACCUCGGUCAUCCUAAGGAUCCUGAGGAUCCUGACUAUAAAUUGACUGAGAAGGAUGUCUCUGCCUUGGACGAUGAAAAAGAACUAGCAAGAUCGGUCGGGACGCCUGCUUUCUGGGCUCCUGAACUUUGCUAUGAAGAUCCAUCUAUGUUUGAAGAAAAGGAAGGCCCGAAAAUCACGGGCGCACUGGACCUUUGGGCUUUGGGAAUCACACUUUACUGUAUGGUUUACGCCCGCUUGCCAUUCUAUGCCAGUGAAACUAUGGGACUCCACGAAGCAGUGUGCAGGACGGAGGUCUUUCUCCCAAAAACUCGACUUGUGCCUGUUGACACGUCUCAAGACAAGCCAACCUCCGAGGUGCCAAAUUCGAUCAAUAGUAACAAAAGACUAGACUAUGAACUCAAAUUCGAGGUCGUCCCUGAUGCAGUACGCAACCUGAUUCGUCAGCUCCUGAUCAAGGACCCUGCGAAGAGAAUGACGAUCGAACAGGCCAAGAAACAUGAAUGGGUUGUCGAGGGCUUGCAAGAUCCGUCAGGGUGGAUCAAAGGUCCUGACUUGGAGAAGGACAGCAAAAAGAAAAUUCUGGAUGUCGACGAAAGGGAGAUGUCGCACGCUGUUGUUAGGAGAAAUAUCAUUGAGCGCGCUCUCAGCACGGCUGGUCGCCUCGCCGGCAAUCUGCUUGGAAGAAGCAAUACGCGGAAGCGUGCUCCCAGUACAGCAACGUCGGCCAGCCACUCGAGCGACUCCAUUGCCUCGCCUGCAGGCUCCAGUGCGAGUACUGUUGGAAGGGCCGAGCGAGAUAAGAUUCGCGAUACGCGUCGAGCUAGUCUGCGUGGCGACGAACUUCUGACGGCUUUGAAAACUUCGAGAGAAACCACCGAGCACCCAUUGGCACAAAGUCAAACUGCCAGCCCUGACUCAGCCGUGCAGGAAAAUUAUUUCAGCGAGUCGUUCUCAACCCAAAAAGCUGCGUCGUCGGCUUGCACUCCAAUAGCCGUACGUGAUGAACGACCUCCUGCUCCUGACAGAGCAACCUCGACUGUAUCCACUGCCGACUCUGUCAAGACAAUCAGAGCUUCGCAAAUGCAGCGAUUGCCUUUACCAUCGUCGGGCUUAGCCCGUGACGAACGACCUGUCUCCCUUGACAGAGGAUUCAGAGCCAGGGUCGAUGGGCUUUGGGAGGGAACUGCAAAGACUUUGGCGCGUAUUGGGAGUCGAGAACGACGUGCCCCGCGAGAUGACCGGUCACCAACAUCCAGUCGACAUUCAUCCGAAAGUGACGCCCGAGCAGAACCCAGCAUCGCCAUGAGCACGGCUUCGGCUGCAGGUGCCAUCGAACCACCUGAUGUCCUUCGUGAUGCCGCUCUGAACAUUGACCAGAACGCCUCUCCGCCGACGCCACAUGUAAUGACUCAGGGUGAAAUGACCCACGGUGAUCAUCGAACGUCAUUUCAAGCACCGACAUCGAGCCAAGAUGCAUUUGAACAAGCUCAAGAAGUCAAUCAACGGCGUCAUCUACAGGAGCUGAAUUCUCAAUUUGAAGCAGCCAUUGAGGCUAUGUCGAAGCCACAAAGUCUCGUGACCGACGAAUGCCCUCCUUCUCCAGAUGACAUUGCCUUCCUCGAGAAACAGCGCACACAAGUCUUAGGUGAACCAUCAGCGUUCUCGCUCGGCUCAAAUGCCAUUCAAGGAGGACCGUCUGCAAGCACCAUCGCCUCGUCCCUAGACGGGUAUGGAGCCAGCAGUGUGUCGCAGAGCAUGUCAAAUCCGAGUAUUGGGGUCAUCUCUGGUGCUUCUUCGCCCCCAGGAGAAGGCUUCUUGGGCUCGGCAUCCACGGAAACGGCUAGAGAUAUGCCUGCCCUCGGCAAAGAGCCACUCCCUGAAUUCAUGCGGACUGCGGACACAAUCACCAAACACGGCCGCCCUGCACAGAUUGCGACCGGCCCGUCGCUUGAGCAAUGGCAGAAUAGAACCCACGACGAUGACCACGACGGCGACGACGACUCCGACGACGGAAUGAUGAUGCCGGCUUCUACAAGCAAGAAAUUUUAA